AUGGAUUUCGAUAUUGCUUAUUCAUUAAAAAUUGGUUCAUCACUCUAUCAUGUUCUUGGACGACAUAAAAAGAAACCAAAUGAUUUUAAUGAAUAUUUUAUGUGUAAACAACGACCAACACGUCGUUCAAAAUCACUAUCAAGAAGGCGACAUCCUGCGCCACCAAACCAGAAAGAAUAUCAUCAACAACGACGAUCUGUCGAUCGGUUAACAAGUAAACAAAGGCCAAAAACGGCUAAAGCUCGAACAAAUCGUCAGCUUGACGCAUCCUUCGGUAGUGAACAACAACAACAACAAAAACCGAUCAGAGCUGCAUAUCGUUCAAAAACAGCAAGAUAUCGAAAAAAAUCGCUAGUAGAAAAUAAAUCAGCGGAAAAGAAUGAUGACAACACACCAGACGUUGUAUCUAAAGAAGAAUUACAUUCCAUGAUAAAAAAUACAGUUUCAGAAGCAAUGACAUCAGAAAAAAUGUUAUUAAUGAACAGUAUAAAAAAAGAAAUGAAUGAUCAUUUGACAACAUUAGGUAACGAGAGCAAUACAUUUAUUUCGAAUAUGAGACAAUCACUGAAUAUGGAAAAACAAGAAAUUGUAAAAACAUUCACAGAACAAAAAAAUUUUCUUACCACCGCUGUUAAACAAGUAUCUCCAAUAACAAUACCUUCGCCGAUGACAACGACUCUUAUUGACGAACAACAAAUAAUUGAUACAAUACAAAAAAUCAUUACUGAUACAUUGAAAGAACAAAAAAAAAUAUUAACUGAUAGUUUAAAAGAAACAAUGAAUGAUGAAAUUAAAAAAACAUUAGAAAAAGAAAAAAAUUCAUUUGUGCAAUCAAUACAAAAUGAAAAAAAUUCGUUAAUUAAUACUGUUGUACAAACAAUAAAACAAAAUAACCUGUCUCCAACAGCAUCGACAACAAAUCAAAAUCCUCGACAACAACAACACACUAGACAACAGCCACCUUUAAACGAAAUAAAACUAAUCACCGAUCAAACACAAACACGAAUAGAUGCUCAAUGGUGGAAACAACGACAUGAGGUUGUAACAAAUGCCAAACUACGUGAAUAUGUCAAUCAAUGGUCACAAAUAAAAAGCAUGGACGCAUUAACUGAUCAAAUCAAAUUGUACAGUCAAACUGAACUGGAACGUUCAUGGCUAUUAUUUUGUUGGAUAUGUACAAAUAUCAAAUAUGAUUCUUCUUGUGGCAUUAAUAAUGCAGCAACGGUGUUCGAAACUCGUCGUGGUGUUUGUCGUGGUAUGGUUAGUCUAUAUCAUGAAUGUUGCACAUUGAUGUCUAUUGAUUGUAUUGAAAUAUCCGGUUACGUGAAAAAUAAAUUUUUAAAAUAUGGUGAAAAAUUAGAAGAUAGUAAACAUGCGUGGAAUUCAGUUGUUAUUGAUAAACAUCAUUAUCUGGUUGAUCCAACAUGGGGUAGCAGCGAGAAUGACAAGAGCGGAAAAGUUAAAUUAGAAGAUUUUUAUUUUCUCACCUCACCGGAACAACUGAUCUAUACACAUUAUUCCAAUGGAUUUCAAUUAUUAUCACCGGAAAUAACAAAAAGUGAAUUUUUGAGUUUACCAGUGAUGAAAUCAACGUAUUAUCGUUUGAAUUUAAAUUUAAUAUCUCCUAAACAAGGCUUCAAUGAAAUCAAUCAAAAUCCAUUCAAGAUUAUUAUUAAAGCAUCGAAAGAUGUACAAAUAAUGGUUCAAUUAUCAACAGGUGACAUUGAAUAUCCACGAGAUUUACAUACAUUAUGUCAACGUGAUAAUGAGCAAGAAGAUCUUUAUAAUUGCUAUCUUGUUGCACCAAUUGAUGGCCUGUAUGAUAUAACAAUAUAUGCAAAAAAUGAUACCGAAACAUCGUAUAAAGAUGCAAUACAAAUGCGUUUAAAUGUGAAGGAUGUCUCACAAGCACCCACAUUUCCUACACUGUAUCAACCGUUUACCAAAUACAAUUGUUCAAUUAUCGAACCACUUCGUCGUCUUGUAUACAAAAAUGAAAAAUUAUUAAUACAUAUGAAAAUUCCUGAUGCCAAUGUUCUUAAAAUACACAACGGUGAAGAUUACAUUAUACCAAAUAAAGAUGAAUACAAAAAUAAUAUUUUGAAGAAAACAAUUAUAGUCGAUGGGAAUGUAGAUAUUUGUGCUCGAUGGGAUGAUAAUGCUGAUUCGAUAAAUGUAAUUUGUCGAUUUACUAUGUUAGAACAAUGA